GUUUCUAAUGUGCUGAAAGAGUUCCUUACAUUUGUCUUGGGAGUCACUGCUGACCUGUAACGUCGAUCGAGACUUUUCCUUUUUUUUUUAAGAAAAAAAUGUAACAGAUGUGCUAAAAAUUUAAAACCUAUGAGAGGAGAGAGUGGAUUAAAUGUGCGGAGUAUCUCCAGAUCAGGGUAAGCAGGUGCAUGGUCCAGGUCUGGUCUAGUUCCGGUCCUGGUCCCGGUCCCGGUUCUGGUUCUGGUCCCGGUCCCGGUCCUGGUCCUGGUCCUGCACCGCUCUUCUUCCGGCUUGCCUGCAGGGCAGCGGGAGCGCGCCUGUGCGCGUCCCCGCGGCGGCUUUACUCGGCGCGUCUGUCUCCUUGAGCCCCGACAGGUCUGUGUGAACAUGCUGCAGAAUGAGAACGGGAAAGAGCCGCCUCCAGCAGCUGACGGAGCACCGCCGGACCCCCUGGGCCCCAGGGACCCCAGGAGCCCCAGGGACCACAGGAGCCCCGGGGACCCGGGGCCGGACCUGGACCCGGAGCCCCAGCACUUCCCCAUGCCCGAUCUACCCAAACUGGAGAUUAAACGCAACGCAGUGACGGACGAGUACAAGAUCUCCAGCCAGGUCCUGGGCCUGGGGAUUAACGGCAAAGUGUUGGAGUGUUUUAAUAAGAAGACGGGAGAGAAAUGCGCUCUGAAGAUCCUCUACGACAGUCCCAAAGCCAGACGGGAGGUGGAGCUUCACUGGCGAGUGUCCGGAGGACCGUACAUCGUUCGUAUUCUCAACCUUUUCGAGAACAUGCAUCAUGGGAAGAAGUGCCUGCUCAUCAUCAUGGAAUGCAUGGAGGGGGGAGAGCUGUUCAGCAGAAUCCAGGCCAGAGGAGACCAGGCCUUCACUGAAAAAGAGGCGUCUGAGAUCAUGAGGGACAUCGGCACAGCCAUCCAGUUUCUCCACAACGUGAACAUUGCACACAGAGACCUUAAGCCAGAGAAUUUGCUGUACAACACUAAAGACAGAAAUGGGGUUCUCAAACUAACAGACUUUGGCUUCGCUAAGGAGACGACGCUACACAACCCCCUGCAGACGCCCUGCUAUACGCCGUACUACGUGGCUCCUGAGGUUCUUGGCCCGGAAAAAUACGACAAGUCAUGUGACAUGUGGUCUCUGGGAGUCAUCAUGUACAUCCUGUUGUGUGGCUUCCCUCCCUUCUACUCCAACACUGGUCAGGCUAUUUCUCCAGGGAUGAAGAGGAGGAUCAGGAUGGGCCAGUAUGAGUUUCCUAAUCCAGAGUGGUCUGAAGUGUCGCAAGAAGCUAAAGAUUUGAUCCACCAGCUUCUGAAGACGGACCCGAAUGAUAGAAUGACCAUCACUCAGUUUAUGAACCACCCCUGGAUCAAUCAGUCCAUAGUGGUCCCCUCCACCCCCCUGCACACGACCCGGGUCCUGACUGAAGACAGAGAGAUGUGGGAGGAUGUGAAGGAGGAGAUGACCAGCGCCUUGGCGACCAUGCGCGUGGACUACGACCAGGUGAAGAUCAAGGAUCUGGACACGUCCAGCAACCCUCUGCUCAACAAGAGACGCAAGAAGGCAGCGGCGGGGAACAAGAGCGGCUCCACGGUCUGCCAGAGCCAGUGAGACGGGCAAGAUCUCUGGCGGAGAAUCCCAGCCGAGCAGCUCAGAGGAGGGAGGAACGGUUUAUACUGUACGUGCAAGAGUCCAUUAUUUAGAGGGCUGCUUUGAAUUCCCCAGAGACUGUCCAGCGUGGAAAAGUUCUGCCACAUAAAGGGACGUCGGGAACACCGGUGGGGGAGCUAAACGCGUCGUCGUGACGUCAGCGAGUCCUGCCAGAGAUGGAAAUCGGCAGCUCUGCUCACUCUGGGCUCUGUGUUUAAUUAGCUGUAUGUGAGUCGUUUUAGAGCUUUUCUGUUAGCAGUCGUGAAGCCUUUGCGGUGCCAGUGUGUUUGAAUGCUGGAUUGCCUGUUUGUGCUUAGACGUGACAUGCAGACACAACUGUGGACAAGUCUGCCGCGCUGUCUUCAUUCUCUCGCUCUUUUCCUGCCUUCCUUUCAGGCUUCAUGCACAGUCUUGCACUGACUGUCUUGUUAAUAAACUGUAGCCUCGAUACUGACCUACA